GUGUAAUUCUCCGAAGUGUUGUUCCUGCUGGACGUGCUGCGCGCUGGGCGCAGCAGCCGCGCCUGUCCCCGGCCCGCGUUCCCGGUCGGCGCCGUUCCCGGCCGUGCCCAGCCCAGGGCUCAGGCUGCGCCCCCCGUGUGCCCGGAGGCCUACGAGCUGCGGACCGAGCGCCCGGAAAGGAGAGGUUUCUCGUCAGAAGGCAUUGCAGCCUGCACGGGUUUUCUUUUCAAGAAUUGCAGCACAGUUUUUCCUACUGAACCUGACCAUUUUCAAUAAUGGCAAGACUCCCAAGUGCUGCACCGUAUAUCCUGUGGAUCCUUUUCUUUUCAUAUACAGCAAAUGAAGUUUUGACUGCAGGACACAUACAAGAAUUUGCAUGCUUCACUGACUAUGACAAAGAGCUGGUUUGUCACUGGAAGGUGCCUGCACAAACCAAUUGCUCCAAAGAAUUCGUGCUCUACUACAGCGAGGAAACUUCUGUGUUAAACAAGUGUGUUCCUGAGAAUGAAAAAGACAGUUUAAGGUGCACUUGUACAAUAUAUCCAGAAUAUUUUGCAGUAAGCGUCACAUAUAUUCUAGCCCUACAAUUCAAUGGCACUGAUUCGUGGAAUUACAAUGUUACACCAUCCCUUGUUGUUAAGCCGAGAGCCCCCAAAAAUCUUGCCAUUGAAAAAACUGAAAACGGUAAUUUCAAUUUGAGCUGGGAGGAGAGCUACUCUCGUCCAUCCUUUCUCUCUGGAGAGCCAGUCAUCUAUGAAGUGAAAUACUGGAGGAAGCAGCACCCGACAGAGGCUUCUGUAAAAGCAAUUAACUACCAGGCAAAAAGUUUUGAGAUUACUGCAAGCUCCUUGAAGAGAGGCUAUGAUUAUGUUGCAAGUCUCAGGUGUAACUACGUGGAAUACCCAGCCUACUGGAGUGAAUGGAGUGAAGAAGUUGAAUUUCACAAUGAUUACCAGGUGAAGGCUGAAGACAUUCUGCAGAUGGCUGUGCCCACAUCCUGCAUACUGAUCAUGGCAGGAUCCAUAAUUUGUUACUUCUGUUUCACCAAAGUGAAGAAAGAAUGGUGGGAUCAAAUCCCAAAUCCAGCAAAGAGCCAAUCAGUUGUCGAAAAUGUCAAGUUUCCAGUUUUGUGCUACUUUGAUGAAAUUAAGUUCCCGUUCCAGGACUUAAAGCACAGUCACAUGGAACAACAAAUAAGUUGCAAGAGCUGUCUGGCUCAAAGUUUGUCAAGCCAAAACUUCAAGGGAAAAGAUAACAUCAGAAAUGUUGAGAAAUCUUGCAGUUGCCACAGCAAGUCUGAAGAGUGGUUGCCAAAAGGCAGCAGUGCAGUUUUAACCCCUGAUACAAUACCAGUUGAAGAGUGUAUAGAAAUCUGUGUAUGUUUAACAGACAGUGAAACUGAGAGCCAGGAAGAAACUGGCAACCAGAUCACCAUGUUUGAGCCUUGUGAGAGCAGCAUUGGUGCUUUCAGAGAGCACCCUGAACACAAUGAGUUACUAGCUAACAUGUUUGAUGCACUCCUGGCAGAUGAAAAUAACAUGGAAGACAAUAAAGGCCCAAACAUCCCCACAGCUGAGAGGAAAACCAUAAAGAACAUUGGGUCUGAAAAUCCAUCACAGCAAAAUCCAAAAGAAAGUGUAGACCAGAGUCCGCAACCGUGUGAUAUUUCUCAUACAGCUCCUCUUUUCACCAAAGCCUCUCAAGAUGGCUACAAUUGUAGUACAGCCAGCAAAGAGUCAGAACUAUCAGAAGAAUCCUUUGAAUCUGGAUAUCGGAGCUCCAGCAUAAAUUCUGCUACUCUGGAUGCAAGAGAUCUUCAACAAAUGGUUCAUCAAAGCCGUUUUCUAUGUCAUUCUGAAAGUGAGCUUGGCUCUUGUGUCCUGACCCAGGAGUCUACAAAUAAAUCAUUGUUUGGAACUGAAACAGACAGAAAAAACAGCCCUGCAGACAAGAGUUUUGAUACCCUUGUGUCUGCAUCCAUGGGGUUGUGUGGUUCUGCCUACAAGAGCUGUGACACCCUUUUGUCUCCAUCCCUGGAACCCUGUGGCUCUGCCUACAGGAGCUUUAAUAUGCUUGUGUCUGCAUGCAAGGAACCAAGCAGCUCUGCAUACAAGAGCUUCAGUGCCCUCAUGUCUCAGUCGAUGGCUAACAGUAGCCUGACUCUGGGCUUUGAAAGUGUGCCUUCCUUACCACCUUUGAGACAGUUGUCAGAGAUGCCCAAAUGCAGCUGCAGAGACCAAAGGGCUCAGCCUGCUAGCAAUCAGAUGUGUUACAACAACUACACAUCUCCCAGCACUGAGCUUGAUUUUCCAAACACCUGUUUAGAACAUACUGAUUUUCUGUCUUUCUCCACACAUGUAAAUGAAGGUGCUUCAGCUUUUCUUUCAGAGGAAGAAAUGCAUAAGCAAGUAAUAUAUCAAAAUGUUCGAAGGAAAGCUGAUAUAAUUUCUUGCCCCAUUGCACCUCAGCCAUCUGGCUAUCAGCCUUUUGGUAGUGCAGGUAAAUGUAAUGGUCUAUACUGGGACAGUGACAAUGAGGUUAUACCUACAUUACUAUAUGAAUCCUUCAUUAAUCUGUGCAACAACCUGAAUGAAGCACCACCAGAUACUGCAAUCUAUGAAUCUGACCCAAGGAUAAAGGAUGAUGUGUGUUUGAUUGUUCAGGGUUCUGACUGCACCACUGUCCCAGGUUUAGCAUCUAGUGAGAAUGACACACAGAUUAGUGAUGGUAGCCCUUGGAUCAACAGCACUAAUGAGCUGUAUGGUGAUAGCAACGAUGAAAAUACCAGCAGAGAUGAACAGCUGUUGCAUUUGUUAGAGAUGAAAUGUCAAGAUUUAAACAGCAGAGGAAGAGCUACAAAGACAAAAUGGAAGGGCUUUAACCCUACUGGGAAAGUAAUGCAAGAGAGUGGUGAUAACAGACUAAAUCACUGACUUCCACUGCCACUCACACAAUCACUUAGGGAAACUCGGAGGUGCAGGGGGAAGUGAAGAGGUGCUGAAGCAUGUAGACGGGGGCAGGGGGUGUGGCUCAGCAGUCAGCUUACCAGCAUCACUGGACAGUAUUGGGCUAAGCUUAGGAAGAAAAACUGUAGAGCCCCUGGAGCUCCAUGGCUCAGACAAGGUGCUACCUAAUUAUUUUGUGAGUAACUCCUAUCUUUCUGUCUCUCACACCAUUCACAAUGAGGACUCCAGAUUGGCACUUGAUGUUAAAAAAAAAAGACCAAUAGAACUGUUAGUGGAGAACAGCAGGAGAAAUGAGAAACAAAUGAAACUUUUGUGCGAACCCUUGCCCAAGAGAACAACUAUGGAGGUAGCCUAGCCACAUUUGCCAAGACUGAACUAGUCUUUGGAAAUAAACUGUAUGGCAAGUU